AUGGCGUCGGGACUCAGCGAGGCCAUGCAGAGGCUGCAUCUCGACGGCGACGCCCCGUUCGACGCCAUCGAUGACAUCCUCGACAGAACAGUCACCCCCGAGCCGCGGCCACCACAAGACCCCGACCAGCUGCGCGCCGAGCUCGAGGCGAAAUACCUGACCCCCUCCACAACGUUCUCGACCGAUUGGCUCGACAAGCUGCAGCAGCGCUGGGAUACCCCGACCGACUACGCGCUCCUCUUCCGCCUCGCCCCGACCCAGUCCCGCACCGUCACCCGCUUCAUCCGCCAUGGCCUUGAGGGCCGCGUCACGGGCUACCGCAACGUCACGGUCCCGGCCUCGCACGCCACCGCCAAGUCGAGCACCUCGAUGCUCCGCAAGCCCGCCGGCCGAGCCGACUUUGUGCGCGGCGCCGCCGGCUUCUUCCCCUUUGCCCCCGGCGGCCUCGACGGCGUCGAGUCAGCCGCCGCGUUCGAGGACCAGCUGCGGGCCUCGUCGGCUGGUGCUGCUGCCGAAGACGCGGAUAGCAGGAAGAAGCUAGAGAAGGUCAUCCGGCUUGGCGAGGGUGGCCUGCUCGAGGUUGCUCCGGGGCUGGAUCGGGGGAUCGACUUCAGCAAAAGGAGGAGGCUUGCCGAUGCCGAGAGCGAGAGGCAGGCUAAAGAGGUAGAGGAGGUGCUGGACCAGGAACCCGAGGCUGCGCCUGGUCGGGAGGAGGACGAAGUGGGGGAGAGACCGGGUGUUAAUGGCGCGGAAGGGGAGGAGGAUGAAGAUGAAGAGGAGGAGGUAGAGGACAUUGACUCUAUUCUUCCCGUCGAGUUCCCCGCUCUCGAGCCUCGUGGGACACUCGCCGCAUCCAGCGCUAGGAAGGCUGGCCGCGAGUGGGCGCACAUGGUCGACAUCAAGCGGGAGAUGCCCAACUUCCGGGAGUUGGUGCCGGAUAUGGCCAGGGAGUGGCCUUUUGAGCUGGAUACGUUCCAAAAGGAGGCUAUCUACCACCUUGAGAACGGCGAUUCCGUCUUCGUUGCGGCACACACUUCGGCAGGCAAGACGGUCGUGGCAGAGUAUGCCAUUGCACUGGCCGCGAAGCACAUGACCAAGGCCAUCUACACGUCGCCGAUCAAGGCGCUGAGCAACCAAAAGUUCCGCGAUUUCAGGCAGACUUUUGCCGAGGUCGGCAUCCUGACGGGCGACGUCCAGAUCAACCCCGAGGCCAGUUGUCUCAUCAUGACUACCGAAAUUCUGCGGAGCAUGCUUUACCGCGGCGCCGACCUUAUCCGAGACGUUGAGUUUGUCAUCUUCGACGAAGUGCACUACGUGAACGACUUUGAGCGUGGCGUGGUGUGGGAGGAGGUCAUCAUCAUGCUGCCGGAGCACGUCUCCCUGAUCCUGCUCUCCGCGACCGUACCCAAUACUCACGAGUUCGCCUCGUGGGUCGGACGGACAAAGCAGAAGGACAUCUACGUGAUAUCGACGCCCAAGCGACCCGUUCCCCUGGAGCACUAUCUCUGGGCUAACAAAAACAUUUACAAGAUUGUCGACUCAGAGAAGAAGUUCGUCGAAAAGGGUUGGAAGGAUGCCAACGCGGCCAUCCAGGGCAAGGAUAAGCAGAAGUCGCUUCCACCAGCAGCAGCACCGCCGGCUCGCGGUGGAGCAAACGGGAGAGGUGGCCGCGGCGGCGCCCAGAGGGGGGCCAACCAGCAGCGUGGUGGGAGAGGCGGCAACCAGCAACGUGGGCGAGGGGGGCCUCCUCGUGCUAGCCAUGCUCCAGGUCACAUGGGCCGGGCAGGGAGACCUGGCGGGUUCAGCUCGGCCGCCCAGGAUAAGAACCUCUGGGUUCAUCUGGUGCAGUUCCUGAAGAAGCAGAGCCUGCUUCCCGCCUGCAUCUUCGUCUUCUCCAAGAAGCGGUGCGAGGAGAACGCGGAUGCGCUGAGCAACCAGGACUUUUGCACGGCUCAGGAGAAGAGCGCCAUUCACAUGAUCAUCGAGAAGUCGGUUGCCCGGCUGAAGCCCGAAGACCGAGUCCUGCCUCAGAUUAUCAGACUGAGGGAGCUGCUCUCCCGCGGUAUCGCUGUCCAUCAUGGCGGGUUGCUACCCAUUGUGAAGGAGCUUGUCGAAAUCCUGUUCGCCCAGACUCUGGUCAAGGUGCUGUUUGCUACCGAGACCUUCGCCAUGGGCUUGAACCUUCCUACCAGGACCGUCGUCUUCUCCGGGUACAGAAAGCAUGACGGCCACCAGUUCCGCAACCUCCUUCCCGGAGAAUACACUCAGAUGGCUGGCAGAGCAGGGAGACGUGGUCUCGAUACAGUUGGGUCGGUCAUCAUUGUCCCUCCGGGCGGGGACGAGGCACCUCCCGUCACGGAUCUGCGUCAGAUGAUACUGGGCGAGCCUAGCAAGCUCCGGUCGCAGUUCCGGCUCACCUACAACAUGAUUCUCAACCUGCUACGUGUCGAAGCGCUCAAGAUUGAGGAGAUGAUUAAGCGUAGUUUCUCCGAGCACGCCACCCAGCAGCUCUUGCCCGAGCAUGAGAAGGCGGUCAAGCUGUCCGAGGCCGACUUGGCAAAGGUCAAGCGGGACCCGUGCCCGGUCUGCGACGUCCACAUGGACGAGUGCCACCAAGCCGGCGAGGACUACAAGCGCCUGACCGAGGAGCUGUACCGCCUGCUACUGGUCAACCCCAUCGGGCGGAAGAUGUUCACGCCGGGGCGGCUGAUUGUGUGGAUGAAGGAAGGCGUGCGCACGCCCGGCAUCCUCCUCGCCGAGGGCGCCAGCGUCAAGAGCAGUGCCACGAACCCGACGCUGCAUGUCCUCGAGAUCAGGACGCAUCGCGAGAACCGCAACGACACGGAUAUCCUUCCUUUUGUGCCUGCGUUGCGGAAGCACCUCACCCCAUUGCCCCAGGCCAAGAAGCACAUCUCAACUAAGACGUUGCAUGUGCCUAUUAGCGACCUUGUAUGUCUCACGAAACACGUUACCAAAGGUGUUCUCCCCGAUAUCUUUGGCGGCGGAGAGGGCCACGCCAAGGCGAAGGAGAAGCUGCACCACAUCUGCCGGUCCUGGACCUCGGAUAUCUGGGACGAAUUGGAGCUGGGGCGGAUCAGGAACCUCGCGGUGCACGACGUUGCGAGCAAGCGGCGCGAGGCCGAGAUCAAGGUUGUCAAGUCGCCCACUGCGGCCGAGUGCAAGUCGUUUUUGAAGCACUACGCCAUGUGCCACGACCAGUGGCUCAUCCAGACCCACAUCCAGCAGCUGCGGCAGACGCUCUCGGAGCAGAACUUGCAGCUGCUGCCCGACUACGAGCAGCGCAUCCAGGUGCUCAAGGAUUUGAGCUUUAUCGACGACGCCAGCCGCAUCCAGCUCAAGGGCAAGGUCGCCUGCGAGAUUCACUCGGGCGACGAGCUUGUCCUGACGGAGCUCAUUCUCGAGAACGUGCUGGCCGACUACGAGCCCGCCGAGAUCGCCGCCCUGCUCUCGGCCUUUGUGUUUCAGGAAAAGACCGAGUCGGUGCCCCGCCUGACGGCCAAUCUGGAGAGGGGCAUGAAGACCAUCGUCGACAUUUCGGAGCGGGUCAACGCCGUGCAGACGCUGCACCAGGUCAUCCAGACGAGCGAGGAGAGCAACGAUUUCGUGUCCAAGCCCCGCUUCGGACUGAUGGAGGUCGUAUAUGAGUGGGCGAGGGGUAUAAGCUUUAAGAAUAUCACUGAUCUGACCGAUGUGCUGGAGGGCACGAUUGUCCGGACGAUCACGCGGCUGGACGAGACGUGUCGUGAGGUGAAAAAUGCGGCGAGGAUUAUUGGCGACCCGAGUCUGUACCAGAAGAUGGCGGCCGCGCAGGAGAUGAUUCGGAGGGAUAUCACGGCUGUGGCGAGCCUGUAUAUGUAG